CUUCGAUCUUGACGUACUUCGAAGGGCCUUAAGGGUUUGCAGUUAGGUGACACUUGAGCGCAAGGGUGCGACGUGUUAAACUUCCUAAUUGGGAAGGCUUUGUUUGACGCUUGUGACGCGGUCAAUGUACUCUCUCGCGCUUGGUCGUUCCCAUCACCAUCUCCCCUGCUCCCCUUCCCCUCUGAUCUUCCGGGGAUGCUCUUUGAGGUCAACAGAAAGCUUUUCGCGCGUUCAGAUCGCGUGAAGGCCGUAGAUUUCCAUCCGACUGAGCCCUGGCUGUUGACUGGCCUGUACAAUGGCACCGUGAACAUCUACAACCACGAGACCGGCGCCAUCGUCAAGACAUUCGAAGUCGCUGAGGUCCCCGUGCGCUGCGUCAAGUUCAUCGCGCGCAAGAACUGGUUCGUCGCGGGCUCCGAUGACUUCCAGCUGCGCGUCUUCAACUACAACACCCACGAAAAAGUCACCGCCUUCGAGGCUCACCCUGACUACAUCCGAUGCUUGACUGUACACCCCACCGCGAGCAUCGUGCUCACCGGCAGCGACGACAUGACGAUCAAGGCCUGGGACUGGGAGAAGGGAUGGAAGAACGUCCAGGUCUACGAAGGGCACACGCACUACAUCAUGAACAUCGCCUUCAAUCCCAAAGACUCCAACACAUUCGCGUCUGCCUGUCUUGACCGUACCGUCAAGAUGUGGUCCAUCGGCGCCACGCACGCCAACUUCACCAUGGACGCGCACGAGAAAGGCGUCAACUACGUCGACUUCUACCCGGGCGCCGACAAGCCGUACCUUGUCACCUGCGGCGAUGACAAGACCGUCAAAGUAUGGGACUACCUCUCCAAGUCGUGCGUGCAGACCAUGGAGGGCCACACCAACAACGUCUCCUUCGCCGUCUUCCACCCGAACCUGCCCAUCAUCGUCUCCGGCGCCGAGGAUGGCACGGUCAAGAUCUGGAACGCCGCGACGUACAGGAUCGAGAACACGCUCAGCUACUCUCUCGAGCGCGCGUGGUGCGUCGCGCUGCGCAAGGACGCGAACGAGGUAGCUGUCGGCUUCGACGAGGGUGUUGUCAUUGUCAAGCUUGGCCGCGAUGAGCCUACGCUCUCCAUGGACCCCUCCGGCAAACUCGUCUACACCCGCAACCACGAAGUCCUCUCCGGCAAUCUGCAGCAGGUCGCACCCGCAGAGGGCGACAGUGAGGACGGAAAGCGCGUCGCGCUCUCCACAAAGGAGAUCGGCUCGACGGAGAUCUUCGCCAACGCGCUGAUCCACUCCCCCAACGGUCGCUUCGUGACGGUCGUCGGCGACGGCGAGUACAUUAUCUACACAGCCCUUGCGUGGAGGAACAAGUCUUUCGGCAACGGUCUCUCGUUCGCGUGGGCGCCGGACUCGAACACGUAUGCCGUACUCGAGAACAAGUUGAAGCUCAAGAUCUAUAAGAACUUCCGCGAGCGUUCGGGCGCAGGGAUGAAGGGUGCAGGCGGCUGGGGAAUCGACGGAAUCAGCGGCGGUACCCUUCUGGGUGCGCGCGGUAGCGGCUUCGUCCUGUUCUGGGACUGGGAGACUGGAGAUGUUGUGCGCCGCAUCGACGUCGACGCGAAGGAGGUUUACUGGUCUGGCACUGGCACCCUGGUCGCAAUCACCACCGCCGACUCCUUCUACAUCCUGCGCUUCGACCGCGAUGCAUACAACGCGAAGCUCGAGGAGGGUGCUGAGAUCACUGACGAGGGCGUCGAGGAGGCCUUCGAUGUCGUCGCCGAUGUCUCCGAGGUUGUAAAGACCGCGAAGUGGAUCGGCGAUUGCUUCAUCUACACGACGGCGAACAACCGCUUGUGCUACUUCAUCGGUACCGAGUCCUACACCGUCAGCCCCUUCGACAGGCCAUUGUACCUCCUCGGUUACAUGCCCGCGCACAACCGUGUAUACCUUGCAGACAAAGACCUCGCCAUCUACAGCUACUCCCUCUCCCUUGCCGUCGUCGAGUAUCAGACUGCCGUCCUCCGCGGUGACAUGGAUGCUGCGUCCGAGAUCCUGCCCUCAAUACCAAAGGACCAGCUCAACAAGGUCGCGCGCUUCUUGGAGAGCAAGGACUUCAAGGAGCUCGCCAUGAGUAUCACUAAUGACCCCGACCACAAGUUCGACCUCGCAUUGCAGCUCCAGGACCUCGACAACGCGCACAUCAUCGCGAAGAGCGUCCCGGAAAGCGAGGCGCAGCCCAAGUGGAAAGCUCUGGGCGAUGCCGCGCUUUCGACGUGGCAGUUCGACCUUGCGCGGGAAGCGUUCGGCAAGGCGGAGGACCUCAGCGCGCUCCUGCUCCUGCUCCUCGCUAUGGGCGACAGGUCAGGAUUGGAGGGACUGGCAUCUCAGGCGGAGGCGAAGGGGCAGAACAACCUGGCGUUCGCGACGCGGUUUCAACUGGGCGAUGCGAAGUCGUGUGUGGAUUUGCUCAUCAAGACGGAGCGCGCGCCUGAGGCAGCGAUGUUCGCGCGGACGUAUGCGCCGAGUCAAGCACCGAGGGCCGUCGACGCCUGGAAGGCAGACCUGACCGCGAAGUCGCGACCCAAGCUGGCAGAGUCGAUUGCGCACCCGGACUUCAACACCGACCUGUUUGAGGAGGGGUGGGCGGAUGCGCUAGCAAAGGAGCAGGGGAAGGCGCCGGAGGCUGCGCCUUUGAACGGUGCGCUCACUCGUUGACAUGGACAGGCAAGUGGUGCUGAAUUGAUGACAGGUCGCCAAGCGUCGGAGGAAGACGAGGAAGAAGAUGAGGAUGAGGACGAAGAGGCCGAGUCAUGAGCAGGUACAUAGACGCUUGUUGUACUGCAUUUUCCUUUUUAUUCGACUCUGGAUGUAUGGCUCGUCGUUCACCUUCACUUCUCCAUACUCUCACAAUGCCCG